AAAGAGCUGUUAAAAAAUUUAGUAAAUACCACAGUUGUUAAUACUUUAUUAUGUUUAUGUGUAUAUAUGGAUUACAGGAACAAAACAAAGUGUGUUUGGGAUUUGGCUAAUAGGUCAGCAAUGAGAAAGCUUUUCAAGUUGAUUUUUCUGAAAAUCUGGAAUCAACCACAUUUUUUAAAAGUGCUUUCCUUCAACACAUGAGGUAUUAGAUUUAGGUAGAGGAUUGACACUGUUCCUAGUGUAUUUUAAAAUAUGUUUGUUUAUAUUAAUACACUGAAAGGUCUGGAGAAAAUGCUCACGCUAUUUUUUUCUUUCACUACAGAAGUAAACCACUAAUUAUGUGAAAAUGACCCCAGCAUCCUACUGUACUGCUUUUCAGCAUUGCAAGUAGUUCUUGCAUUCAGUUUCUGUCAUCUGAAACAGUUGAUUGCUUUCAAAAGAAGUACACACUGCUUACCCAAAGACAAGGCACUAUCCGGAGCAAAUCCAAGGAUCCAAGAAUGAACAUGUAUUCUUAAAUCAAUUAUAGGUUUUUAGAAACAACACCUUCGCAGAUGCAGACAUGUGACAAUCAAGGGACGCAGGCACAAAUCCAUAUGGAGGAUGAAUCUCAUCCUUCUGAAGGAGUCAGUGUCAAGGUGUUGGAGGCAACAUUAUUGUCAGCUCUGAAGAUGCUGGAUAUUGGGAAAUGGCCAAUUUUUUCUCUCUGUUCCCAAGAGGAGCUCAAAUUAAUUCGUCAAGCUUGUGUAUUUGGCAGUGCUGGUAAUGAAGUCUUGUAUGCAACAGAAAAUGAUGAGGUUUUUGUGCUUGGCACAAACUGCAGUGGGUGUUUGGGAACAGGUGAUAUCCAGAGCACUAUGGAACCAAGGAGAUUAGAUACUUUAUGUGGCAAAAAGAUAGCCUGUUUGAGUUACGGAAGUGGCCCUCACGUUGUUCUUGCCACAGAAGAAGGAGAAGUCUAUACAUGGGGUCAUAAUGCUUAUAGUCAGUUGGGCAAUGGUACAACAAAUCAUGGUUUGGUUCCCUGUCAAGUCUCUACUAACUUGGUGAACAAGAAAGUCAUUGAAGUUGCCUGUGGCUCUCAUCAUUCUAUGGUGUUAACAUCUGAUGGAGAGGUAUAUACGUGGGGUUAUAAUAACUCGGGCCAGGUUGGAUCUGGUUCAACAGUUAAUCAACCAAUUCCUCGAAGAGUUACCAACUGCCUACAAAAUAAAAUAGUAGUUAAUAUAGCCUGUGGACAGAUGUGCUCUAUGGCUGUAGUAGAAAAUGGAGAGGUUUAUGUCUGGGGUUACAAUGGUAAUGGUCAGCUGGGACUGGGCAGCAGUGGCAAUCAGCCAACACCAUGCAGAAUAGCAGCUUUGCAAGGCAUUCGUGUACAGCGGGUUGCCUGUGGCUAUGCACAUACAUUAGUGCUAACAGAUGAAGGUCAGAUUUACGCCUGGGGAGCCAAUUCGUAUGGCCAGCUAGGUACUGGGAAUAAAAGUAACCAGUCUUACCCUACAACAGUAAUUGUGGAUAAGGACAGAGUUAUAGAGAUUGCAGCCUGCCACUCAGCUCACACUUCGGCUGCCAAGACCCAGAGCGGCCAGGUGUACAUGUGGGGCCAGUGCCGUGGCCAGUCUGUGAUCCUUCCCCAUCUCACUCACUUUGUCUGCACUGACGAUGUGUUUGCUUGCUUUGCUACCCCUGCCGUUAUGUGGCGUCUACUAUCAAUCGAGCCUGAUGACCAUCUAACAGUAGCUCAGUCACUGAAGAAGGAAUUUGACAACCCUGAAACCGCAGACCUGAAGUUUCUAGUGGAUGGAAAAUAUAUUCAUGUUCAUAAAGUUCUUCUCAAAAUUAGGUGUGAACAUUUUCGUUCUGUUCUGAAUAAUGAUGAUGAAAUUAUAGAAAUGAAUGAAUUUUCUUAUCCUGUUUACCGAGCCUUCCUGGAAUACCUGUACACAGACAACAUUAGACUCCCUCCUGAAGAUGCAAUAGGUUUGCUAGAUUUGGCAACACUGUAUAGAGAAAACAGAUUGAAAAAGCUUUGCCAGCAAACAAUCAAACAAGGCAUUUGUGAAGAGAAUGCAAUUGCUCUUCUUUCAGCCGCUGUCAAAUAUGAAGCUCAGGACUUGGAAGAAUUUUGCUUCAGAUUUUGCAUAAACCACUUGACUGUUGUUACACAAACUCAAGGCUUUGCAGAAAUGGACCACGACCUCCUGAAAAACUUCAUUAGCAAAGCGAGCAGAGUGGGAGCAUUCCGCAAUUGAGGCCUGACUGCUACCGAGCUGAAGAGCACAUCUUCUUCCACUCUGGAAACACUCCUCCUUUGCAGACCUUAUGCGCGGUCAGAAUGUCGAAGAUUUGAAAGGAAAAGGUCAGUGCACAUUGUGUUAGGAAAUGUGGAAGUCCGCUAGUAGAAAAAGUUUUGUAAAGGUGGCUCCAGCAUAGGUGUAUGGUGAGAGUCCAUUUGCCAACAUUCAGAAUCUGACAACAAAAAUCUAAAACAGUAACUAGCAUUUUCCACUUUUUAAAUCAAGAAAACUAAGUUAUCUUUGUCUUGCCUGCCUGCUUUGGUUUUGUUGUUUCUUUUUUUAAAACCACCUGCAUCUGUAUUUAUGAGACCAUGUCCUGUUCACUGCAAAAACUUUCAUAGCAUACUUGUGUCACCAAACUAAGUUAAUAUGCGCUACAGUAGGCUUCUUUGUGCCUAGUUUAUAAUCUAGUGAAGAUACAAACUUGUUUUUCAGAACAUAUGAUAAAGUAAUAUAAAUUCUUUAGGAAGAGAAGUUUUCUAAUGGAUAGGAAGGUAUAUCUCGCUAGGUAUUUGUUUAUUUGGAGUGUAAAUACUUUACAUUCAUUGCUCUAAAAACAAUGAAAAAUUCUCCCUUUCAUUAUAUUAGGCAUGUUGCCUGGCACCCCAGUGGGGCAGUAAAUGUUCAUAGUAUUUGUCAGGACAUGGAUUAUUUUGCUGUGUGUUUUCCUAUUCAGAAAACCAUCUUGUUGCUUGUUACCAGGAAGAAGAAAUACGAAAAAAAAACGAAGGGAAAUUCCACUUGAGGUUUAUGUGUGUUUUCCCUUCUUAAUAUCCCCAGAUGUAAGAGAAAGCUCAUUUUAAAAUGCUAAAAUGCAUUUUAUGAUUAAAUCACAGAAAUGAAAUUCACAUAUGUUAUUUUCCAGAGGACAAUGAGGACACCUCGCCCAAAUAAAUUGAAGAUUGUCCUAAUAUGCCAAUUUUAAGUGAGAGGAGUUGCCCUCUGCACAUGCUUCUCUCUCACCACUGAGGGGGAAUGGCUGGCUAAGUUAGGUUGGAUGCUUAACUUCUAAAUGGCUAAAGUGAGUUAAGAUUAAAUCCCAUUCUAGGUUGCCAAGAAGGACAUUUGCCCCAGUACAGAAGAUGCUGAGCUAAUGAAAUGUUGACUUGGAUUUUCUAGCAGGGACAAUUGUAAGUUAACUCUGGAAAGUUAUUUUUCUUAAAAGACUAGGUGAAGUGGCUUUAAGUGCUUUUUGCAGAAUUUUACAACUGGAGAAGGAAAAAAAUGGAUGGCUGUGCUCAGUACACUAAUAUAAUUAGUCAUGCGACCGUCAGUCAAAUACUUGCUCUGACACAGAAUCCUUCAGUGACUUACAGCUUUUGAGAGCUACAAUUGGAGUAAGGAGGUACCUAAUUAAUUCACUUAAAUGAUCUGAAACUCAUUUCUGAAGUGGAACUAUUCUUUAUUAUAUCAGAGGAGUAUUUCUCAAGCAAUCAUGUUCCUUUGGAAGGAGGAGAAAUAAAUCCUUGGAGAAGAUGUGGAGGACUUCAUAUUAGUCUCUUCUGGUUAUGAUUGGAAAGUCAGGGGGUGGUGGGGAGAAGUUAUUUAGGAAAAGGGCUAAAUGUAAAUCAUUUUGGAAAAUGCUGUGUUAAAAAAUCAUUUACAUUUGAGGCAUUUGCCUCAAACCCUCACUAGAAAUCUGUUGGAUCAUCUACUUCUACUAGGCUUGUUUUGCCACCCCCUCAGUAAGUAGCAUGACUUCCUCCACCAGCAGAAGUCCGUAUUUCAGCUGCUGUUUCAGUGUUUUGUAUUCACAUAGGAGAAUUGGUCAAAAAAACUUUCCAGUACAUAAUGCUGUUUCAUCAAAACUCAAACUGCUCUGGGAUAAUUCGUAUUUGAAAAGUGCUUGACUUAGGCUCACAGAUAAAGGUUAAUGCAGAUAGCAAAACAUUAUCCCAGGUAAGGCACAACUUAUUUGGUAAAGCUAAGGACUGCUGGGGUGAGGUCUCUGUCCCUUUCACCCUUCAGGGCUCGAGACCGACCAGAUUCACCUCCCAGCAUUUUCUCGGAAGGCAUUGAACUGGCACGGUGCAGCCCUCGGGUAGCAGCUCGCACUGAAUCCUGCCCCACACGCGCUCCGUUACGCUGGCACACAGCCAAGCUAACGAGGCAGUUCAGCCAAGUGAGCAUCCACGCUAUUUACAACGGCCUUUCAGCCACUGGGGCCUUCCCCCAAAAAAGGCCUCUUACAACUCUUCCUCACUCAGGCAGAGUGCUGCCAGCACCUCCUGCUGCACCUGCAGGCUGAUCUUUGGGAUCCAACCUGUACAGCUCAAAUCCCACCCACAAGCCCUUCACAGGUCCUAGUGCGGCAGUGAGCACCCAGCAGCCUGGACCUGGGUUGUGGGUGGGAAUUGAGGCUGCACACACAAAACCACGACAAACCAACAGCUGCCAGUUCAGGUCGGGUUUACAAAACCUUCCGGUGACAUCAGUGAGCUCAGUGGCCUCUGUGAGUGUGAAGGGCAGGAGGCAGAGACGGCAGGGCUGUGCAGGGGACAGCCCUGCCCUCAUCCUGCUCAGUGGGGCAAAAGACACUCUGCACCCAGUCACAGUGUUCGAGAAAUGCUGAGUUCCAAAAUACCUACCUGAAGGGUCUCAGCAAAAAAUUAGUGACAGUUCCUUUAUGUAAAAUAAUGUGUUUCUUUUGUUUUUGUUAACAUCUAACUAAAAGCAGCCUCUGCUCAGUGACAAGCCUCAGCUCCCAUAUCACUCUCCUAAACAUCGAAAUGGUGAGGCAGUUUUGGCUUAAGGUAACCAAGAGUGUCAUUUUUUCCCCCAAUUUCCUUCUUUCCUGCUCAUUAUUUUCCACUUACUGUGCGGAUUACAGCCCAGUUUGAACUGUCAAAUCCUGGAAUUUUCAGCAAAAUCAUCUCUGGACUGAAGGGUGUCUAAAGAUCAACUCUUGUCAGUACUGUCUGUUUAUUCAUAGAAUAUGUAGUGUUUGACCUGGAUGUGAUAAUAUUACAUUCAUAGAGACAUUUAUUUAUUUAUUAGCUUUCAUUUGCAUGCACUGUCCUUGGCACUUAAAGUUCAAUACUUAAAAAGAAAAAAUACAAACGUGGUCAAAGCUUAUGUGGUCAAAUUUGGAUACACGUGCAUAAACAUGUGUGAAAUAUAAUCCUUUGGAUAGGCAUGGGACAUGUCAAAAGACAUUAGGGAUGCAUUUUAGCAUUGCAAGAUGGGAUGCAAUAAAGCUGUGCUUCUGGAUCUUGUAUGUUAAAUGCAUAUGAAGAGUGUAUUUAAAAAAUAUUUUUAAGGCAAUACAAAUAAAAAGACAAAAAAAAAUGCAAAUAAUGUCAAGCAUAAAAUGGGACGCAAAGAAAGGGGGAGCUUCCAUUUAAAAGAGAAAAAAGUAUAUAAUAUUCUGAAUUAAAUGGAAUUUGAAAGAAAAAAUAACAAAAGUAGGAUCAUUUAAAUGCUCUGUGAAGUGAUUCAUGUUAAGAUCCAGCAUUGCACUAUCAUCUAGUACCGACCUCUGGAGUUUUAUUACAAUGCCUGAUCACUGUGUAAAUUGUUGUUUCCAUAUAUUAAGUUUUUAAACGAUCUGAACACUUUCAGUGGGUUUUCCUUGUAAAACAAAGCAUUUAAUUGCCUCAGAGACAAGUCAUUAGCUACUACCUAAUGAUGUAUAAUGUUUACAGCCUGAACAUAAACAUAUCUAAUUUCAUAUUUCUGUAUGAACUUACCUGGUUUUAACAGACCAUUAAUAAAAAUGCUGUAAUAUUUAAAA